AUGGCGGCGCUCGCGACCAUCCUCUGCGGCGGCGCCGUCGCCGGCCACCAGCGGUCACGCCGCCGCGCAGCCCCGUCGCUCCAUGUCAGAGGCGGCUCCGCUUCGGACGCCGCCCACCUUGUCUGCGGUAGGAAGCUCCGCCCGGCGCUGUUCCCCACUUCCUCCUUCGGCGCUCUGCCCCUGUCUCCUCCGGGGAGUAGGAAGCUCCUCCGGACGUCGGCUUCCGCGGCCGCCCCCUCAUCCGACUCCCAGGGGCAAGCAAAGCCCAUCGGGUUUUUGGAGAGGUACCCGGCUCUUGUCACUGGUUUCUUCUUCUUCAUGUGGUAUUUUUUGAAUGUGAUAUUUAACAUUCUCAACAAGAAGAUCUUUGAUUACUUCCCCUAUCCAUACUUUGUGUCGGUGACCCAUCUUUCGGUUGGAGUCUUGUACUGCCUUAUCAGCUGGAGCACCGGUCUCCUAAAGCGUGCGCCGAUGAAUUCGACGCUUCUGAAGCUGCUGCUGCCAGUUGCAAUUUGCCAUGCCAUCGGUCAUGUAACGAGCACUGUGUCUUUUGCUGCUGUAUCGGUCUCAUUUGCCCACACCAUUAAAGCUCUCGAGCCGUUCUUCAAUGCGGCUGCUUCACAGUUUAUUCUCGGGCAGCAAGUUCCCUUCACAUUGUGGUUAUCUCUGGCUCCAGUUGUAAUAGGUGUAUCAAUCGCAUCUCUCACUGAACUCUCAUUCAACUGGACUGGUUUCAUCAAUGCCAUGAUUUCUAAUAUCUCGUUCACCUACCGUAGCAUUUAUUCGAAGAAAGCUAUGACUGACAUGGAUAGCACCAAUCUGUAUGCCUAUAUCUCUAUAAUUGCUCUCAUCGUCUGCAUUCCUCCAGCACUCAUUAUUGAAGGACCUCAACUAGUGCAGCAUGGAUUUAAAGAUGCAAUUGCCAAAGUUGGAUUAGCAAAGUUAGUUUCCAAUAUUUUCUUGGCGGGCUUGUUCUAUCACCUUUAUAAUCAGGUUGCAACAAACACAUUGCAGCGGGUGGCCCCUCUAACACAUGCCGUUGGCAACGUGUUGAAACGUGUCUUUGUCAUCGGCUUCUCAAUCAUCAUUUUCGGCAACAAGAUCACCACACAAACUGGAAUUGGCACAGCCAUUGCUAUUUCUGGUGUUGCCCUAUACUCAGUUAUCAAGGCUAAGAUUGAGGAGGAGAAAAAGGAAGGCGUGGCGGCGGCGGCUCCCUGA